AUGAAGUUUCAGGCCCUGAUCAUUCUCAUCCCCUUAGCUUUCUUGCUAGGAACCACAUUGGCAGAACAAUGUGGAAGACAAGCUGGAAAUGCUUUAUGUCCGAAUGGACUAUGUUGUAGCCAGCAUGGUUGGUGUGGCACAACAAAUGACUACUGUGGUGCGGGCUGCCAGAGCCAAUGUCCUGGUAGCUCGACCCCAACACCCUCUACACCAACUCCUACUCCUAGUACUGGCAGCGGCGAUGUUGGCAGCAUAAUCACCCCAGCUAUUUUCGAUCAAAUGUUGAAGUAUAGAAAUGAUGGAAGGUGUCCAAGUAAUGGGUUCUACGCUUAUAAUGCUUUUAUUUCUGCUGCUCGGUCGUUCAAUGGCUUCGGCACAACUGGUGAUGCUACCACACGUAGAAGGGAGCUUGCUGCUUUCUUGGCUCAAACCUCUCAUGAAACCACAGGUGGAUGGCCAACUGCACCAGAUGGCCCAUAUGCAUGGGGAUAUUGCUUUGUUAGAGAAAAUGAUCGUCAGACUCAAUGUUCAUCAAAUGAAUGGCCAUGUCCUGCUGGUAGGCAAUAUUAUGGCCGAGGCCCAAUUCAACUUACUCACAACUACAACUAUGGCCUAGCUGGUCAAGCCAUUGAGGCGGAUCUCAUAAACAACCCGGAUUUGGUAGCAACCGACCCGGUUAUAUCUUUCAAGACAGCCAUGUGGUUUUGGAUGACCCCGCAAGCAAACAAGCCAUCAAGCCAUAACGUUAUCAUCGGACAAUGGGGGCCAUCUGACGCAGACAGAGCAGCCAAUAGGGUCCCAGGCUAUGGUGUGAUCACAAAUAUAAUCAAUGGUGGGCUAGAGUGUGGGCAAGGCGCUAACGACAAGGUGGCCGAUAGGAUUGGGUUCUAUAGGAGGUAUUGUGACUUACUGGGCGUGAGUUACGGGGAUAACCUCGAUUGCUAUAAUCAAAGGCCUUUUGCCUAA